UUCCAAAAAGAAUAUAAAAACAGUUGCUCUUACUUUAGUCAAUAUAAAUAAAUCUGCAAUCGCGGGAGUUUUAAGCUUUCUUGAAAAUCGAAAAAACAGUAACGUUCAAGGAUUUCAAAAUACUUCUCUCUUAAUUAAAGUUGAAAAAUUUGAUGACGAAGAAACCCAAGCUCGUUUAUUUUUCCUUGAUAAUGAUCCGGUAACAGAACUUUCUGUAGUUCCUAAUGAUAUCGAACUUAAAGAAAUUAAUGAAAAUACCAAUACAAGUAAAACAAAGAGAAAUUUCUUUUUUAGAAGUAAUUAUUUUAUGAUUAAUCAUCCAAAAAAAUACGAAGUUUAUUACAAAGAAAAAAAAAUUUAUGCAUUAAUUCCUGAACAAAAAAGAUACACUGUUCAUAAUUAUGAUAAACCCGAUAAUGUUAAAACAUUUGAAAUAGAAAAACGUCUUAAAAAAGCAAUUGAAACGAUUAUCAAAUCAGAAUAA